AUUUUGCUGUGUACAGCCUCCGUGAGCAGUCAGUUUGUUUGGUGUGUGGAGGGAUGAGCAACACCCCGAUGAGCAUCGGCGCCAAGGCCAUGUCCCAGCCGAACCUUGUACGCGGCCAGAGCGUCGAGAUCAACCUGCGCGCGAUCGGUGACGCCACCAAGAACAGCGUCAUCAUGAUUGAAAACUUCAAGCACCAGGACGACUGGGUCUCCAACUCGGAACGGAGCCGAUGUCACAUAUGCACGAAGCUUUUCGGAGCGUUCCGCCGCAAGCACCACUGCCGCGUGUGUGGCGAAGUGGUUUGUAGCUCGUGCACGUUGAAGAAGCAGGUGAUGCUCCCGAUGGUGGGCCAGACCGAAGCCCGCGUGUGCGUCACGUGUGUGCUGGCGUACUGCAAACCGAUACAGUCUGGCAACGGCAGCUUUGCCGUCGACGGGUCCGUCAUGUCCCCCGUGGCGUAUUCGUUGCCGUCGAGUGGCAGUUCGCGGGACGGUCGCGCGACGACGCACAGCGAGUACAGCCGGCACAACAACACGCAACUGCAAUCACCAGACGUCAUGGGUAGCCACGGGGACUUCGUCGAUCCGACCACGUACUUUCAAAGUGAACCGUCUCCGUUCGACUACGCGCUCGACUUCGACUGGGAGCACCCGUGGCCCAAGCCGCCGGUUCCGGUGGACGAGUCCCACCGCCUGGACGUCCUUCGGAGCUUUGAUAUCCUUGGCACACCACAAGAAGACGUGUUUGACAUCAUCUGCGACUUGGUCAGCAAGUCUCUCAACUGUCCUAUUGCAGCCGUCUCGUUCAUCGACCAGGAGCGUCAAUGGUACAAGGCCAGCGUUGGCCUUAUCCAGGACGAGAUCCCGCGCAACGUGAGCUUCUGCGCCCAUAUUUUGUACACGAAACAAAGCAUCGUCGUUCCCGACACAACUCUGGACAAACGAUUCGAUCGGAAUCCUCUCGUGACCGGCCGCGCCGGCAUUCGAUUCUACGCCGCCGCGCCCAUCAUUUCUCCCGCAACGGGCUACGUCCUAGGAACGGUCUUUGUCUUUGACAACCAUCCCCGGCCACGCGACCAAGUCGACUUAGCGACCCUGGAAAAGCUUGCGGGCGUCGCCAUGAAGAACCUGGAAGACCGACGCGCGUCCGUGGCCAGCAGCAGCGCCGCGUUUGACCACCACUCCGUACAUCGCGCCUCGACUGCGACGGAAAGGAUGUCCAUCGUGACCUCCGUUGCUAACAACGACGCCCAAAGCCCCCAUAUCACUCGACCUUCUGCGACCGGAGCACAGGUCGUUACGCCGACGUCGUCGGUCGGGUCGGAUGCCACCACCCUUCCACUCCCUGCUCUUCCUCGUACCGAGUCUCCACCUUCAAGCUGUGUUGUAUCGACACCAAGCGCCGAAGCUGCCACCCCCACAGCAGUUGUGACAUCCGAACCACCCAAGAUGGAAACGAUGCUGAUGAACUUGCUGAGCCAGACAACCAUGACCCAGCAGCAACUCGCCAAGCAACAAGGGUCCAUGUACGCCACACUAUCAGGGCACAGUAGCCAGAUCGACAAGUUAGCACAAGCCGUGGCAAGAAUGGAAGCCAAGCUCGGUGGCGGCGCUCUGAACGGGGCGUCGACGCUCCCAAACGAUAGCAGCGACACUCCCCCCGACGAUGGCAAGGAACAGCAACCAGGUGAAAAAGAAUAAAACGUAACGUUAGUAGAGAAGUGGUCCCACCUUUUACGGGUUGGUUCGGC